AUGACAUUCGCCACUCACUCUUUCGCCCGCGAGUUCACCGUCGCCGCUCACUUCUUCGCCCGCGAGAUCGCCGCCGACCGUUUCAAAUCCCUAGCUGUCGCAGCUCAAUCUUUCAAACUCCUUCGCUCGCAUUUAGCAGCUAUUGUACGAAGCUGUCCUGGCUUCAGACAUGGAGAAUCAAGGUGGCUCCCCAACCUGGUCAGUAAAAUCCAAGAGAGAACUUUGGUAUGUGCAGUAGGCGAAAAUGCAGACGAUCGAAGUAGAUUUGCUGAUAGAGGCACCAGGGGAAGCAAGUCUAAUAGAAUAUUUCUUAUUGUUGUACUCCUGGUGAAGAUCAACUCAUGGCCUCAACUGCAUCUCCCCAGCAAGAAAGUGAUGUUACUACUACACCCACUCGAUCGGGAAACUUUGGUCAAUUUCCAGUUGGUAGGAUCCUAUGAACCAACUUUGGUCAAUUUCAUGGCUGUGAAGGCCAAUUUCGGAGAGAUAUAUGUUCACGUCAUGUUGAGGCAAGAAGCUAGAGAAAAUAGUCUGGAUGAUGCAUUCUAUUCCUACAUCAAAAAUCACAAUAAGGUCCUGCAUAGGGGAGCUGUGGAAUAG